AUGGCUUCAUCAAACGACUCUUUGGACACUUUACCUCCUUCUGCCCAGUUGGCUCUUUUGCACGCGCAAGCAGCAAACACUUCAUCUACAGUUGAAGAAGAUCCCUUUGUUCCCUCUCCUGAUGAUCCUGUUGUGACUGAAAACUAUGCUUAUGAACCCUUGAUUGCCGGUGACUACCCUACUCCUAUUGGUAAGCCUGUAGUGGUACCUCAGAAAAAGGAACCUACCAAAAAGAACUUGGACUUGAGUUCUGAAUCCGCUUUCCCUUCUCUCUCUGCUUCUCCUCGUACACCUGUAGCUACUAGUGGCUGGUCUUCUGCUGCCAGUGCUCGUGUCAAGGCUCCUGGGUCUCCUCGUCCUAUGGCUCCCCCUGCUUCUGGCCAGACUGCCAAGAAGGCUGCUUCCAGUAUCACCAGCGUGAUGAAAUUACCUGCUCAUCAACAAAUUGCCAACAUGGCUAACAAGCCUCUUGGUUUCAAGAGCAAUGCUGAUGUGAUUCAGCAAGUGAUCAAAAAGACAGGUACCAAUAUCAUUGCUUCUACCAAUCGUGCGGGUACCACGACUUUCCUUAUUCAAGGUGCUCCUCAAGAUGUGAAUAAGGCAAAGCGAGAAUUGGCUGCUGGUCUUGUUGUCAAGCGUACGGUUGAGAUUGCUGUUCCUUCUUCUACUCGUCGUUUUAUUAUUGGUGCUAAGGGUGCUACCUUGAAGCAAAUUGAAGCUAAAUCAAACACCCGUAUCAACUUCCCUCGCAAAGAAGAUGAAGAGACUUCAUUCAGUGAAGAAAACACUGAUGAAUUGAUUGAUGUCACUAUUGUGGGUGAUUCCACUGGUAUUGCGAUUGCCAAAGAAGAGAUCGAAAAGAUCAUUGGCGACAAGAUUGCCAAAUCUACCAUCAAGGUGGAUCAUUUGGACAGCAAGUACUAUCUUUUCCUUUGUGGCUCUGAAAACAUCAACUUGAGAAAGAUUGAAGAUGAAUUUGAUGUCAAGGUUCAAGUACCCGCUGUGAUUGUAGAUGGUAAUACAAACCGUGAUACGGCCAUUACUAUCUCGGGUGACAAGGAAAGAAUCCAACAGGCUAAACAAGCCUUGGAAGCCGUGUAUGCUGAUAUUGAAAAGAGCAGUCGUACGAUUGCUAUCAGUAUUCCCAAGCGCCAGCACAAGUAUCUGUACGGUAAGAACGGUGAAAUCCUCAAGGAAAUUUGGGAAGAAGCAGGCUGUACGGUAGAACUGCCUCCUACAGAAGAUCCUUCUGAAAAUGUCACGAUUCGUGGUCUGGAUGCUGAUCUUGUCAAGGGUUUGACUGUCGUGAUGGAAAAGGCCCGUGCUGUCCAUGUAAGUGUAUUGGACUUGACUGAAAACUACAAGUCAAGCGGAAAGCACGCUCUUCAACACGCUCAAGCUGCUCUCAAGUACUUGUUGCACAAGAAGAGCCUUAAGCAGAUUGAACACGAACACCACGUUCAAGUGGGUGUGCCUUCUCCUGCUGAACGCAAGACAUCCGUCAGCCUUGAAUUCGUCAGUAAGGUCGAAAAGGACGCUGCACUUGCUCAAUUGGCUCUGGCCAACAUGAUCCGCGAAUUGCCUCCUCAAGCCUUUGGUUCUGUGGAUGUCGAGGCUUACCUUCAUGCUUACUUGACCUCUCAUCACAGUGCUGUCUUGGACCGUAUUGAAUCCACUCACCAUGUAACCAUCAUGAUCCCUGAUGAAAAAGAAGAUUCCAAGACCAUCUCUCUUGUCUAUCACGGCCCUGAACCUGCUGGUGCCAAAGAAGCAUUGGAUGCUGCUGCUGCUGAACUCCUCAAGGUAGCUGCUGAUUCUUCUGACUAUAUUUCCAAAUCGAUCUCUAUCCCUGCCGAUCUCCACAACGCCCUUCGUGGUCCUCGCGGUACGACCUUGAAUGCCAUCCUUGGCGAAUCAGAAGCAAUCGUUCGCUUCGGUCCCAACGACAAGGUCGAAAUCCGUGGCCUGACAUCCCAUGUCAACCAAGUGGUCCAGAAGCUUCAAAAAGCACAAACCAUGGUGAGCCAAGAGGGAUACGACAAGGCCCAUACAGAAGAAUUCUUUAUUCCUUCCAACUUUUCUGCUCAUAUUAUUGGUAAGGCUGGUAUCCAUAUCAACAAGCUCAAGGAUGACUUUGGUGUCAAGGUCGAUAUUGGAGAAAACACAGAAGAAAAGACAGCCAAGAAGAAGAGCAGCAGUUCUGUCAAGGUCGUGAUCCAAGGUCCUCAACUGAACACAGAAGCUGCCAAGGAACGCAUUCAGUCGCAAGUCUCGAGUUUGGCUGACCAAGUCACGCUUUCUUUGAAGGUGCCCAAGGCGUUCCAUCGUUUCUUGAUUGGUCCCAGUGGUCGUUAUGUCAAGAAAUUGGAAGACAAAUACAGUGUGUUUAUCAAGUUCCCCAAGACUGGUAACCGUGGUGAUGAAAAUCCCUCGACUCCUUCUAGCCCUGAUGAAAUCACCGUGCGUGGUGCCAAGAAGGAUGCUCAAUCUGCCAAGGAAGAAUUGAUAGAACUUUAUGAAUACGAAAAGGAAGAGCAGGCUCAACGUAAGGAAAGAGAACAAAAGCACAAGGAAUACCAAGAAAAGAGAGCUGCUGAAGACAAGAGAAGAGCUGAAGAAAGAGCUGCUAGAGAAGCUAGAGAUGCUGCUAAAGAAGCUGCUAGAGAAGCUAGAAAGCAACAACAACAAGAACUAGCUAACAAGAAGGAAUAA